AUGAAAAAUCUCACCAUAUUGACUGAUUUCAUUCUUCUGGGACUGACAGAUGUCACUGAGUUAAAGAUUGUACUUUUUUUCUUUCUCUUUCUCAUCUACAUAUUCAGCAUCAUAAGCAACUUGACCAUUAUCACUCUGACUGUUCUGGACUCCCACCUCCAGACUCCCAUGUAUUUCUUUCUUCGGAAUUUUUCCAUCUUGGAAAUGUUCUACAUAACUAUUUUUACUCCCAGAAUCCUACUGAGCAUCUCAACGGGAAACAAAACCAUCAGCUUUGUUGGCUGCUUCCUUCAGUACUUUUUUGCCAUAUUUCUAGGAGCCACAGAGUUUUAUCUUCUGGCUGCCAUGUCCUAUGACCUCUAUGUUGCCAUCAAAAAACCCCUGCAUUACACAACUAUCAUGAGCAACAGGGUCUGCACCCUGCUAGUCUUAUGCUCUUGGCUGGCUGGGUUCCUGAUAGCUUCUCCAGCAGUCCUAAUGGCUAGUCUUCUGGACUUCUGCUCAUCCAAUAUAAUAAAUCAUUAUUAUUGUGAUACUAGUCCUCUUCUGAAGCUAUCCUGCUCAGACACAGGGCUGGCAGAGCUGGUUGAUUCUCUCUUAGCCAUAGUGACAUUGAUGACCACCUUGGGGUUAGUGAUUUUCUCCUACUCAAAUAUUAUCCAGACGAUUAUGAGGUUUCCUUCAGUCCAGCAAAGAAAAAAGGCUUUUUCUACCUGCUCUUCCCACAUGGUUGUCAUUUCUCUCUCCUAUGGUAGCUGUCUUUUCAUAUAUAUUAAACCCUCAGCAAAGGAAGAUUUCACAUUCCAAAAGGAAGUGAGUAUUUUCCCAACUUCCAUCACCCCUCUGCUGAACCCUUUCAUUUACACCCUAAGGAACAAACAAGUGAUACAAGCCUUGAAGAAUUUGGUCCAAAAGAUCAUUAAACAUUGA